AUGGAGGAGUGUGCUGGCCUCUGCGGUGCGGGCUCUUCACGGGGAUGUUGGUGUGGUCAGAAGCGCCAGCGACCAGCUGCGACGGCAGCAGCAGACGGCAAGCCGGCCCCGGCCCCCGGAGAAAAGCAAGUCGAGGCGGACGCAGCAGCGCGGUGCUGUGCGGGGAGUGGAGGAAUCUCGAGCCCCAUGCCGGCCCCGCACUGCUCGCUGCAGGACCUGCCGGUGGAGAUGCUGGUGGAGAUCUUCGCCUCGCUCCCGGGCACCGACCUGCUCAGCCUGGCCCAGGCCUGCACCAAAUUCCACCGCAUCCUGCACACCGACAGCAUCUGGAGACGGCGCUGCCGCGAGGAGUUUGGCGUUCGUGAAAACCUGCAGAACCCGGAGACGAUCGGUAUGUCUUAUCGAGAAGUCUAUGCGAAGCUGUUCCACCCAUACAGACACAUUUUGGGAUUGUGGCAGCAAGAUAAUAGCUAUAGAACACUGCUGAAUGUCGUGGCGGACGGCUUAUGCAUUACUGGUUGGACGUACAGGCCUUCCCUUAACACCCAUGUGGAUGGCCCACUGCUAUUCCAGCCCUCGUUCAGAAUUCGCCUGACGGAGAGGAAAUCAGCCACGCUGGAGUGCCUGGAAGGCCUCCACCGCAGGCCCCACAGCCACCGCAUGCAGAUUCGGAAGGACAGGUUCCGCAUCCAGUGCAACAAGACAGACCACCGAACGGAUUCACCCACGCGGCUUAGGGGAGAAGGGGGGCUGGUGCUGGGGCAGGAGGACAGACAGGUGUAUGACUGCCUGACCUACCGCCGCCUCUACCUCCCGCCACGCCACCCGGGGGACCUCAUCAGGCCAGGCCUCUUCCAAGGCAAAUACCAGAGCUUCAGACUAAAGAAGAUUGCCAUGCUCAGCUUCCAUGGGAAGUAUGCCAGGGUCACGAAGAUCAUGGGAGAGUCCAUCGUGAUGUUAGAGAUCCACCUCAGGCGCCGCAUCCAGCUGCGAGAUGGCGAGAUCUUCCGCAACUUCAACGAGCUCUCCCGCGUGGUCCAGGAGAUUGACGAGCAGGUGUUCCGGGAGCAGCAGCAGCAAGAAAACGGGACUGAGGAAAGCGAGGGCCUUGGCUGGCAGAGCCCUGCCCAGCCCAGCGUCGGGGAGUCCGGGGCUGCAGCUUCAGAAGAGCAGCUUGUCCCGUUUGUUCUGCCUGCGAACGUGCUCUCAAUAGAACAGAACUACCCCCGAACCUGCAGGAUGUGUUUCUAUGGCGUGGACACUGUUCCUGUUACCAGACAUGGCUUUGCCUCCACCAGGCGCCUCCCUGGAGCCUUCAUCCUGUUCGAUGAGAACCACUUCGGGUUCAUCUGCCUGGAGCUGAAAUACUUCAUCCUGUUCGGCAGAGUCCAGGACACCUUCCAGAAUGUGGAGGCACCGUCCCCGCAGGCCUUCCUGGAGAUGCUCUGGAACAUUCAGUCCGGUCCGGGAGGAGCAGCUGGCAUGCACUUUGAAGAUUUGACCUUCUGA